AUUUCAAUCUCACCACAGUGGUGAAGGCAUUCUUGGAGUUCCCCCUGGUGUAGGUUCUACCAAGCGCGCCGUUUACCUGCGUCACCAUUACUGCUCAAGAACCUAGCAAAACUUUCUGCUACGUCUCUAAUCCCGCAGAAGCCCUUCCGAGCGGGCCACUGGUUACUUUGCUCGUCGUAGAGCCUGGUCACAAUUUUCCGUUCAGCGCUUAUCAGGCCCCUCACCCCUAUCACCGUCUCAUAGCUGGCGCUGCUGCCGUCUUCACUAAUCAUCUACGUCUCACAGUUGUUCCGUCAAAUUCAUAGAGCGAAUUCCUCGAUCCAGUCAUGACCCGAUCUAUAGCCGCAGCGGCGGCCCGGUUCGCCCGGCGUGGUGCGUCCCUUAUAACGAGUGCUCAGCAGCAAUCCCACCUCGCGUCGCAUCCGCUUCGAUACAGUCACACCCCGGCGAGCACCGCACCCCUCGCGCCGUUGCUCGCCCUGCGGUCGCGGUUGUUAACCGCGGAAAGCGUUCCGGCGGAGAGUGUUACAAUCGAACGUGCUUCAAACGAGAGCGCUGCCGUGAAGACCGCUUUUGCGCAGAAGGCUCCAUCCUCCGAAGCCGACGAGCCGAUUACGCUGGAUGUGAAGGGGGUGGAGAUGCGAGGACGGCCUCUGUACCUCGAUAUGCAGGCCACUUCCCCUGUCGAUCCCCGCGUCUUGGACGCCAUGCUGCCAUAUUUCACCGAUUUCUACGGCAACCCGCACUCGCGCACGCACCUGUACGGGUGGGAGAGCGAGGACGCGGUCGAGACUGCUCGGCAGCAGGUGGCGUCCCUGAUCGGCGCUAGUCCCAAGGAAAUCAUUUUCACUUCUGGAGCUACUGAGUCGAACAACAUUGCCAUCAAGGGCGUGGCACACUUCUACAAGGACAAGAAGCGCCAUGUGAUCACCACUCAAACCGAGCACAAGUGCGUGCUGGACUCGUGUCGGCACCUGCAGCAGGAAGGCUUCGACGUCACUUACCUGCCAGUCAACUCCGAUGGUCUGGUGGACGUCGAAACCCUAAAAGCCGCGAUCCGCCCCGACACCGUCCUGGUUUCAGUAAUGACCGUCAAUAACGAGAUCGGGGUCAUCCAGCCGUUGGCGGAAAUCGGGCAGCUCUGCCGGGCAAAGAAAAUAUUUUUCCACACCGAUGCGGCGCAGGCCGCAGGGAAGAUCCCGCUAAGCGUCGACGCGCUAAACAUCGAUCUCCUGUCACUUAGCAGCCACAAGAUCUACGGCCCAAAGGGGGUAGGCGCGCUGUAUGUGCGGCGCCGGCCGAGGGUGAGACUCGAGCCCCAGAUGAGCGGGGGAGGGCAGGAGAGGGGGCUCCGAUCCGGAACUGUCCCCACCCCCUUAGUAGUCGGCCUAGGGGCGGCGUGUGCCAUCGCCGAAGCGGAGUUGGAGCGCGAUUACCGCCACGCGGAGCGCUUAAAGAAGCGGCUCUUGGAGGGGAUAACAUCGCAGCUGGAAGGCGUGGUGAUCAACGGCAGCGAUGAGCCGGGGAAGCGGUACCCGGGCAAUCUGAACCUCUCGUUUGCGUAUGUGGAGGGGGAGAGCCUGCUGAUGGGGCUGAAGGAGAUUGCAGUGAGCAGCGGCAGUGCAUGCACGAGCGCGAGUCUGGAGCCCAGCUAUGUGCUGAGGGCGCUGGGAGUGGAAGAUGAGAUGGCGCACACGUCCAUAAGAUUCGGGUUUGGCCGCUUUACAACCGAGGAAGAGGUUGACAGGGCUGUGGCGCUGACAGUGCACCAAGUGAAUCGGCUGAGAGAGAUGAGUCCUCUGUGGGAGAUGGUGCAGGAAGGAAUCGACAUCAAGACCAUCCAGUGGGCCCAGCACUAAGCAAGCAUGGCACGCAGUAGAUUCAUGCCUGAGGCUACAUCAGAGUGAACACUUUACGGGCAGGAUGAGGGUGAUAAGAGCCAACUGGGAGAUGGUGCAGGAGGGAUUUGACGUCAACACGACGAGUGACCAUUCCGUGAGCACAGCGCCAGCACGAUGGCUCGUGUUGCAGCAGUCUACCUGUAGAACUUAAGAAUUUUGGGGAGGAGAUUGCGAUUGAUGCCAUUAGUUUUGCUACUGCUUCAAAUGGCUAGCAGCUAUGGAUGCGGGGCUCAUGAAUGCUUGAUGCGUUUUGAAUGCUUGAUGCGUUUUGAAUGCUUGAUGCGUUUUGAAUGCUUGAUGCGUUUUGAAUGCUUGAUGCGUUUUGAAUGCUUGAUGCGUUUUGAAUGCUUGAUGCGUUUUGAAUGCUUGAUGCGUUUUGAAUGCUUGAUGCGUUUUGAAUGCUUGAUGCGUUUUGAAUGCUUGAUGCGUUUUGAAUGCUCUUCUACCUAUACACUGGAACUGGAAGAUGGUUCCCAAAAAACGCUUGUAACGAAUGUGCUUGGAGGAGGCUUUCUUUGACGAACAGCUGGUCGUUGCUUGGCAACUUCUAGUCGUUGACACGUCCUCGCGUGCUUCGUCAGCUGCAGCCACGUGCUCUCCUGUGCCCCCACACCUCCAGCCAUGCCGAGCCUCCACGUUCUUCACCGAGCCAAGCCACCUGAUACUCCCUGGUUUACGAAGCAGGCAGUUGGAGCCAAACCUGGGAUUCGGGCCCGGAAGUGGUCCAGCCUCAGUGACACGUUGCGCGCUCCGGUUGGUGGUUGUUACCAAAACCUGGGGAGCGAGGUGCUGAAGAAUCUUGCCUGGCUUGAGCUGUUGUGUGCUCCACCGUACAGAACAGCUGUAAACCUCUUUAACGUACACUUCGAUUUGGUUGGCCU